ACUUUUCCAUUCCAUCACUUUGAGCUGACAAUAUUGACAUAUUAUUUGUUUUUCUCAAAUAAAAAUAUUGACUUGUUAUUGUAUUAAAUGUAUUUCGGAGUUUGUUAAAAUGGCUUUAACAAAUAUUCUAUUGCUGAGCCAAAUUGCCGGAUAUGUCGUUGCCCUCAUUUUGUCGCUGUGCAUUGUUGUGCCGAUGAGUUUGCAACAAGAUGACUUUAAGGGGCACUGUCUAUUGUUUUCCACCGGUACUUGGCAAGAAACCGAUGGCCAACUAGACGUAAACUGGGCCUCACAGGGAUAUUGCAAUUACACUAUUUUGGUGGGAGUUAUGCUAUUUCUCGUUGCUCUAAUCCAGAUUUAUAGAUUCUCAGUAUUUCUUUACAAAGGAACCGAUAGCAGCUUUUUAUCAGCUUUCAUCGACGUUAUUUCAGGAAUAUUGCUAAGUGCUGCAACGAUAAUAGCAGCUUGCAUGAUUACAUUUGGCUUUAUGGCUUGGUGUCAAAAUAUGACUCAAAGAUUCCCAUCGUGUGAAUAUGCUGCUGGUCAGGAUAUAGAUCACAAGGAUGAAAUUAAUACCAAGAAUUUUUACAUCGAAUUGGGUAGUGCUCAGUUUGGUGUUUGGGGCUCUUUUGCAACUUGGGUUGGAUUAACAGUUUGUGCAAUUAUUAAGUUAUUGCGGUAUCAUCAGCUGGAAAAUAUUAGAGUGUCCAUGUUUAGGGAACGACAAAGACUUAUUAAUGAGAAUGCAGAUUCCCCAGGUAGUUCAUUAGGCAGGCAAUCGACAUCGACACAAUCUACAGCAACAGCUGAGUGAUUAUCCCGAUGUGCUCAACGCAUAUUGCAUUAUCCAUAUGUUAUACUUUAUGCUAUAAUACAUAUUACAUUAUUUUUACAUCAUACAGUAUACCGUCUAGUGACUGUGUUUCAAACACACUGAUGACGAUUUAUAUAAGAAGACGCUUAACGUGAUGUGAGCUUCUAUCUUUUAAAAAAAUAUUUGAUGUUUGAAUAGCCGAAAUCUGAUUCCAGAUUUUCAUAGGAAGGAUGUUAGUUAUUUGAAAAUGAAUGCUUGUGAUAUACGCUUCACUGUAGAUAUUAUUAAACUAAAUAUUUAUAACUCUAAA